AUGGAACAACCUGCAUCUUUAUCUCAAUGUGACCAACUUGCUAAAUUAAAUGAUUCUGUGAACUCACAAAAUAUUGCAGCCCCUAAUUCUCCUCAUGGAAGCAGCUCUUCCAUAAUGCAAGCUAGCAACAACAAUUCAUCAACGCAAGUUGUUGAUCCUAUUGAGCCCAUUGCCCCUACAUCACCAGAUAUGCAAAUAGAAAAUACUCACCCAAUGCUCACCCCAGGUAAAACACAAACUUUGCCUAAUCCUACCUUUCAAUCCCGUAUUUUCACAACUUUCUUACAACCUGAUAUCUCUGCAGAAUCAAAAAUAAUUAAAUCCGCUCUUUCUAGACCACAUUGGUUAACUGCUAUGAAUGAAGAGCUAGCAACCCUGAAAUCUAGUGACACAUGGAUGUUGGUACCUCGACAACCUCAUAAGAUCAUUGUUGGGUCUAGAUGGGUGUUCAAAACAAAAGUAAAGUCGGAUGGAAAAAAUCAGUCAACAAGAGUUAUCUAUGAAGUGUUGCAAGAGGAAUUCACAAAUGAUAAAUGGGCAUGGCGUAAGUGUGGUCAGAAGUCAAUCAAAGGUUAUCCAUUUCCAAGGAACUACUUUAAGUGUAGUACAUCAAGAUCCUGCCAAGCAAAGAAAAUAAUUGAGAAAAUUCCAAAGAAUGAGAACUAUUUAUGUGUGUCCUAUUCUGGUCAACACAACCAUGAUCCUCCUACAUAUCGCAGAUCUCUUGCUUUAUAUAACAAUAGUUCCAAAAACAAACUUCCAAAAAGCAUAAAUAUUGUGCCCAAAGUGUUAAACUUGAAUGCAUCAUCAUCCUCGUCCAAGCAUGCUAACCGUUUCAAAGUUGAUGCCUCUUCAAUUAGUCAAACUGCAACUACACUUGAAAUUGAGAGAAAAAAACGGUUGAUGUUGUCACGGAGAACAAAGAUGAUGGUGAAGAGGAGGAGAACGCGUAUGACAAUUUUUUCAUGGGGUUUUAAGAAUUUCAAGAAGUUACUGCUUCCAUCUUAUGGGAAUGAAAUGAACAAGAGGAAUUGA